AAUGGCAGUAAAUCCUUUGCCAUCAUCUCUACCUGGCAGCGUCAAUCCGUAUUUCAACGCCUACAAAAACUCGCUUUUUGCCGAUGUCGAAAAACAGAAAACAACCUGCAAAAAACGUUUUAUCCACAGACUGGUGUAUGUAGCGACGAGAAAGCUAAACGCUGACGAUAAACAGAGUGCAAUUGCAGAAUACUAUGAGCAAUUUUUGUCAAAAUUCCAGAAAAACACACAGACUGAGAAAGUCACUGGCAUACUGCUAUUAUAUCCCAAAAGUAUCAUUCAUUUGAUGGAGUCCUCUUCAGAAGUUCUCCACAUGAUUCUGGAAGAUCUGAAUGACAUGGAGAAAAGCCCAAACUGCCCACUGAAGGAGGUGCGUAUCCUGGUGGUGUCUCAUUGUGUGCUGAGACGUAUGUUCCCGUUGUGGGGCUACCGCUUCGUGACGCUGCCCCUCAGCCUCCAGGACCCCAACCCACAGACCCAGCCCGUGGAGACCCUAGUCCCAGACAGCCUGGCCAUGAUAUACAAGAUGUGUGUGUGUCUACUCAAACGCAGGGGUAGCGGUUCAGGCCAGGAUGAUCAGGAGCAGGCUCUUCGGUUAGAGGAGGAUACAGUCAUCUACCUCUGUCAGAGUGCAGUGCUGCACUCCCCAUCCACCUUCCUACAAACCUACACCAAGGCUACCAACAUCCUCAUGGAUUCCGAAAUCGUGUGGCCGACACACCGCAGACUUUACUGGUAGCAGGAGAAUGAAGAAAUGACUACUAGACAAUCGUCCUCCCAUCAGUAACACUAAAUAAAGCAUUUUCUUACUGUGUAUCUGCAUGUGUGAGUAUGUGAUCAAGCAGUGACUUAACAACCAUUUCAACUUUUUCUUCAUAUACUUUAUUUUAUUCAGACAGGGAGUAUAACCAAGCAUUCAUUUCAUUUAUUUUACUCAGACAGGGAGUAUAACCAAGCAUUCAUUUCAUUUAUUUUACUCAGACAGGGAGUAUAA